AUGGACGCGAAAUGGAGUCCUGUGGACCUAAAUCGCGGGCCUCAGAUGAUGCGGCCUGUUCAAAGUGCAUUUCUUUCAACCGCAACACCCACAGUGCCUGUGCGUUUGCUGCCGAACCUGACACUCGUGCAGCGCUCUCGCAGUCGCGCACUAGACGCACUCCAUUUGAUCACACUCAGAACCCGCUGCAUCUGGCCUUGGAAUAUGUCUGCAGCGCCUGGUGCGAACGAAGGCGACCCAGCGACGAAGAGCAACUCCGCGAACCGUUUUAAUUCUAAGCGAACAGAACCCAGUUUGUUAAACUUGUUCAGUUGGGGAGAGUUGGAUGAUUCACGUGCGGGAACCGAGAACGACGAUGAAGAUGAUGGCUACGACGAUAUUUCAUCCGACAGUGAUGUGGAUCCAGUUCUCGACCGUGGACGCGUGUUCGGUGCUUGGUUAGACAACCAGGUUCUGAGACUGGAUCGGAUCCAGAGCGCUGCGAUGCAAGCACCGGGCCAGACGCUACAAGAGCGAGCCGAGCGGGCUUUCGCGCGAGGCGUACAAGCUCUAACUGACGGUCACUAUGCCACAGCGAGCGAUGCCAUCUUCCAGGCAUCCGCAUUGCCUGGACAGCAGACUCGACUUGGCGGCGAAUAUCUGCUCUGGCUUGCCCAGGCACUCGAUGCUCAGGGCAAGAAUGCGCGCGCUCAAGAGGUUCUCCGACGCCUGCAGUAUCACAAAGACAGAGACGUGCGCCAGGUAGCUGAGAGUCUAUUGUUUAUCCUGCAGGCACCGCGGCUGCGUCUCGGCCCAGAGUCUUUCGUGAAAAUCGACCUCGACGCCCUCUUGAAUCAGAAUCGGGCACGCGAUAUUCCCGGGUGGAAGAAGAGGCAACGGAGAUACCGGUUCGGAAGCGGCUCCUCUGCAGCGCUCGCUGGCACUGGCAAGCGCCGCAGAGAGCCGACGAAAUAUUCCCUAGAAUGGUUCACGUCGCAGGAGAGCGUCUCUGCGGAGGAACUUGAACGCGCGAACCAAGCAUCACGCGCGGCUAUGCUUGCAUCGUCCGGUGUUAUGCUGCUCAUUCUGUUUAUGCUACGUUUUCUCGGAAGGUAG